AUGAAGGGGAAUCGCCGGGGCUCGCCACCAGCAGCUUCUAUUGCAGCAGCCUCUGUUGCCAUACCAGCGCCGUCUGCGUCGCCUCCAGCAGCAGCGAAACAAAAAUACACCAAUAAAGAUGGCUCGAAGUUUAUUACCGUUCCGAAGCCCGCCACCAUCGAAUCGCACCCGCUACCGUUGUCUCGUGAAAGCUCGCCUGUUCAAGACAUUCAUGCUCAAGGGGCUACACUUGACGGCCCCGGGUUUGAUAGCCCCGCACCCACUGUCAACCGCAAGAAGGCGAAGCGCAGGGCAAAGAUCGCUGCAGCAAGGGAGAAGAUUGGAGCGGACGGACCUGUAAAGAUUCAGUCAAACGACACCACAAACACCGUCCCGACAGCAGGCAAGGGACGGCAGUGGUCCUCCCCAACGCGGCUAAACGACGAUAUAGAGGCCAGCGGUGACGAGGCUGAUGAAAAUCUGUCCAACCAGAUCAAUGCCGAGGCUGACAAAAACAGUGUAUCGGCAAACUUGGGCAAGUCGAAAAAGGCCAAGAAGAAGAAGAAGAAGAAGGACAACGAUAUAUCUGCUGUCGGCGCGAAUAACGGGGAGACCGCAUCGACGGCCAUUACUUCUCAUUCGGGUCGGCUCAGGUCAAUGUCCUCUAAGGAGAAAAUAUGGAACACCAACUCUCAGGAAGAGCGCCGGCGGAUCAAAGACUUUUGGCUUGACUUGAGUGAGGAGGAACGAAAAUCUCUCGUCAAGGUAGAGAAGGAUACUGUGUUGCGGAAGAUGAAGGAGCAACAGAAAAUGACGUGCAGUUGCCAUUUUUGUGGACGCAAAAGAACAGCUAUCGAGGAGGAGCUUGAAGGCUUGUACGAUUCGUACUACGAAGAGUUAGAACAGUACGCCAACGACCCGACAGGGCGCCAAAACCCCCCUUUGAUGUCUUCGAAUAGGCACUUCACUGCCUCUCAUAUUUCACAUUCUCAUAUCCCCUCCUCAACCUAUACGGGCCAGGAGCCAUCUCGAGGUCAAAUUGUUGGGCAUGUGGGCGAAGAUGACGAGGAACAUGGAGAGUACGACGACGACCUCGACGAUGAAAGCGAAGGCGAAGAUGAGGGCGAACAGAGGCAGGACGGCGACAGCCCAGAGCCUUUUCCCUUUGGGAACUCAUUGAAGGUUCACGGUGGCAUACUAACCGUAGCAGACGAUCUUUUGAAAAAUGACGGCCAAAAAUUUAUCACGAUGAUGGAGCAACUAGCCGAAAGCAGGAUGGCCCGUGAAGAGGAUGCCAGAGACAGGUACAGCAGCCGCAGUGGCAGCUUUGUCCAGAACGGGAAUGAUGGAAUCCACAAUCACAGCCACCAUACUGUUUCUGACGAAGACAACUACAGCCCCGAAGAAGAUGGGGAUGAGGAAUAUGACAGCCCAGAUGAGGACUAUGAGGACGAAGAGGAAGUCAUGACUGAGGCGCAACGCAUGGAGGAGGGGCGCCGUAUGUUUCAAAUAUUCGCAGCUCGCAUGUUCGAGCAGCGAGUACUUACUGCCUAUCGAGAAAAGGUGGCAAAGGAGAGGCAGCAAAAGCUUCUUGAAGAGCUUGCUAAUGAAGAAAGCCAAGAAUCACUGCGAAAGGCUAAAAAGGCUAAGGAGGCACAAAAGCGGAAGGAUAAAGCAGCGCAAAAAAAGCAGGCACUUGCAGAAGAGAAGGCUCGCAAGGACGCAGAGAAAGCUGCUGAAGAGGCCGAGCGACAGGUCGAAGAAGCCUUGAAGGCAGAAGAACACAGGCAGAAGGCUGAAGAGAAGCGUAAGAAACGGGAAGCACAAAAAAGACUUGAAGAAGAGGAACGCCUGAAAAAGGAGGCUGAACGGCAGCGCCGCAUCUGCGAACAAAAGGAACGACAGGCAGAGCAGGAACGAAAGACGCGCGAUACCAAAGAACGCGAACGGAAGCGACGGGAGGAAGUCCGGCAAAAGGAACAAGAAGCACAGGACAGAAAAGAGCGGGAAAGCCGUCAGCGAAAAGACAGGGACGAGCGCGGGAGGGGAGACAAGGAAGCAAAAGCAGGGGGGCCUGCCGCGAAAACCCGUCAAAAACCAGAUGAACGGAUGGUUUACAAGACAGUCCCUUUACCUGCCGUCCCGGCACUGCCCCUGGUUCCAGCUAUUCCGAUAUCAACGGGGCCAGCACAAGCUUCGCCGACAGCACCGUCGCAAACUUCUAUCAGCCUGCCGAAGCGGCCCUUUCUUUCACACCAGAACCAUUCGCACCAAAGUCAGUCGCAGUCACAGCAGCCUCUAGGGUUUACUACUGCCCCUGCUCUUCCACAGCAGCCGGCACUACCGGUGGGUCAUGCCUCCCCUUCAAUCCCCGUUGCUGCCCCAGCAAUUCCGAAGGUUCCAACGCCUAUUCGGGCUCGGCAGCCAUCGCAACAAGGAGGCAGCGUGGGGGGGAGCCAAAGCGGUACUGCUUCUCGAACCGCCUCCUUGUCUGGUUCUGGGCAGAGUCAGAAUGCGUCGCCGAAUCCGAUGACACCAGUACAAGCCAAUAUAAGCUCGUUCGGCCUAGCAAAGGCAAAUACGGGUGCGAGCAGCCUGGGCCAAGGUGCAGCCAGCCUGAGCCAGAAUCUUUCGCAGGCCGCAUCGCCACUAUCUGCCCCGACACAGCAGAAUAGCCCAUUUUCAAUGGCACCCUCUCCAAUCAGCAUGCACUAUCCUCUAGGAAUUACCCCAGUGUCUCUACCUCCCGGACUAGGUCUCUCGUCACAAUUUGGCCCGUUAAGCGGAGGUAACUUUCGAAACUCUGGUCCCCCAUCUGUGAUGCAAAUGCCUCCCGGCAUGAACGGGCUGGGCAGGGGAUUUGGGCCCAUGGUACCUCCCCCGCCUGGCUUUGGGCAUCACUUAUCCCAAGACCAACUAGGAACACCUGCAGCGAUAGGAAAUUUGCUUGGAACGGAGAGCAAUGGGGUGCAUGUCGGCCAUACACGGCAGCCAUCAGCGGGGUAUGAUACUGCUUCCUCACCAGCACCAACGACGCAGCCUAUCGGACGACCGGCACCAAUUGGGCGUCCUGGAAGUGUGGUUCAUGGCCAGCACGCCGAUUAUGGAUUUCCGGCAGGGGCUUUCACCGCUAACAGCGAUAACGAUAACCCACAUCACCUAGGUUCCAAGGCUCUCCUCGACGACUCCGACUUUGCGUUGGACUCGUUUUCUAGCAGACGGCCCAUUGCGCCAGCCCGACCUGCUUUCGGACCUGCGUCAGGACCGUUUGGGGUAGAUCUCGUGUCUCCCUUUGGCUCCCAAGCGUCGCUCUGGGCCAGUGUCCCACCUCACACAGUUUCCAACUCUUUUGCGGGUGGUCCACCGCCGGGUUUCCCUGGCGGAGGUAUGGCUCCUGGAGGCUGGGGUAUGCCUGUGAACUCGAUACCGUUUUCCUCGCAUGGUACUUUAGGAAGAUCGUCUCAAGCCCGUUCCGUUACAUUACGCCAGAUUCUCUGCCGAACAUGCAAAGAGUUAUCUGAGAGCAAUGACGGCGAAGGUUAUCAGGCCAUAACCAACAAUGUUGUGAAUGACGGCUUGAUACCAAUCGAAGCGGUCAAGGGCUGUGUCAAUACUCUCGCACACAACUAUCUUGGACCUGUUCAAGACUCCGAACUAGAUAUUUUGUAUGACACGGAGGGCAACAGCAACAAUGGUGGUGGAAAUUUCGAGGUCCAUCGGGAUCACACCAACUCGGUGACGGCAAUUCGGUGGAUUCCCGACUCACUCAUACCGCACCUCGGCUCGCCAGCGGCAGCCGCCCCAGCUGUCGGGUGUAGUGAUGGAAACACGGCGCCAAUUGGCGUGGCACCCUCACGUUAG